UCCUAGGGGAGGCAGCGUGCUAGCCGGGGGCGGGUCGGAGCGGGAGUGAGGCCCGCACGGACGCCGGUGCGUUGGGCCCCGCGCCUGGCGCCCUGGGCAGCCCCCGCGCGCGGGGCUGAGCUGGGAUCUGCUCUGCCGCCUUGGUCAGGGGCACAAUGGCAGUCGCAAACCGGAGGCAGAGGCCGAGGAGGCUUGCCUGUUGGGCCCUGGUGGCUGUCGUCUUGGCAGACCUGUUGGCACUGAGUGACACAGUGGCAGUGAUGUCUGUGGACCUGGGCAGUGAGUCCAUGAAGGUGGCCAUCGUCAAACCUGGAGUCCCCAUGGAGAUUGUCUUGAACAAGGAGUCUCGGAGAAAAACCCCAGUGACUGUGACCCUGAAGGAAAAUGAAAGAUUCUUUGGAGAUACUGCAGCCGGCAUGGCCAUCAAGAACCCAAAGGCUACACUGCGCUACUUCCAGCAUCUCCUUGGGAAGCAGGCAGAUAACCCUCACGUAGCCCUUUAUCGGGCUCGUUUCCCUGAGCAUGAGCUGCAGUUUGAUCCUCAGAGGCAGACCGUGCACUUCCGGAUUAGCCCGCAGCUGCAGUUCUCACCUGAGGAAGUGCUGGGCAUGGUUCUCAAUUACUCUCGUUCUCUGGCUGAAGAUUUUGCAGAGCAGCCCAUCAAGGAUGCUGUGAUCACCGUGCCAGCUUUCUUUAACCAGGCUGAGCGCCGGGCUGUCCUACAGGCUGCUCGCAUGGCCGGCCUCAAAGUGCUGCAGCUUAUCAAUGACAAUACUGCCACUGCUCUCAGCUAUGGUGUCUUCCGCCGGAAAGAUAUCAACACCACUGCGCAGAACAUCAUGUUCUAUGACAUGGGCUCAGGCAGCACCGUGUGCACCAUCGUGACCUACCAGACAGUGAAGACUAAGGAGGCCGGGAUGCAACCACAGCUGCAGAUCCGGGGGGUGGGGUUUGACCGCACCCUGGGGGGCCUGGAGAUGGAACUCCGGCUCCGGGAGCACCUGGCUGGGCUCUUCAAUGAGCAGCGCAAGGGCCAGAGAACCAAGGAUGUGCGGGAGAACCCACGUGCCAUGGCCAAGCUGCUGCGGGAAGCCAAUCGACUCAAAACCGUGCUGAGUGCCAACGCUGACCACAUGGCCCAGAUUGAAGGCCUGAUGGACGACUUAGACUUCAAGGCAAAAGUGACUCGAGCGGAAUUUGAGGAGUUAUGUGCAGACUUGUUUGAGCGGGUGCCUGGGCCUGUCCGGCAGGCCCUCCAGAGUGCGGAAAUGAGCUUGGAUGAGAUUGAGCAGGUGAUCCUGGUGGGUGGAGCCACUCGUGUCCCCAAGGUUCAGGAGGUGCUGCUGAAGGCUGUGGGCAAGGAGGAACUGGGGAAGAACAUCAAUGCAGAUGAAGCAGCUGCCAUGGGGGCUGUGUACCAGGCAGCUGCCCUCAGCAAAGCGUUCAAGGUGAAGCCGUUUGUCAUCCGAGAUGCAGUGGUCUAUCCUAUCCUGGUGGAAUUCACCAGGGAGGUAGAGGAGGAGCCUGGGGUCCGCAGCCUGAAGCACAACAAACGCGUGCUCUUCUCCCGCAUGGGGCCCUAUCCUCAGCGCAAGGUCAUCACCUUUAACCGCUACAGCCACGAUUUCGACUUCCACGUCAACUAUGGUGACCUGGGUUUCCUGGGGCCUGAGGAUCUCAGGGUAUUUGGCUCUCAGAAUCUGACCACAGUGAAACUAAAAGGUGUGGGUGACAGCUUUAAGAAGUAUCCCGACUACGAGUCCAAGGGCAUUAAGGCACACUUCAAUCUGGAUGAGAGUGGUGUGCUCAGUCUGGACAGGGUAGAGUCUGUAUUUGAGACCCUGGUGGAAGACAGCCCAGAGGAAGAAUCUACUCUCACCAAGCUUGGCAAUACCAUUUCCAGUCUGUUUGGUGGUGGUUCCACAGCAGACACUAAAGAGAACGGGACUGAUACUGUUCAGGAGGAAGAGGAGGGCCCUGCUGAGGGAGGCAAGGAUGAACCUGGGGAGCAGGUGGAACUCAAGGAGGAAGCUGAGGCCCCAGUGGAGGGGACCACUCAGCCCCCGCUCACUGAGCCCAAGGGAGACACAGCCCCCGAGGCAGAGAAGCCUGCUGCAGAGGAAAACGGGGACAAGUCGGAGGCCCAGAAGACCAGUGAGAAGGGAGACUUGGGGCCUAAAGGUGCCCCUCCAUCCCCUGAGGAAGAAAAAAAGCAGAAGCCUGCCCGGAAGCAGAGGAUGGUGGAGGAGAUUGGGGUGGAGCUGGUUGUUCUGGACCUGCCUGACUUGCCAGCGGAUGAGCUGGCUCGCUCAGUGCAGAAACUUGAGGACCUGACCCUUCGAGACCUAGAGAAACAGGAACGGGAGAAAGCUGCCAAUAGCUUGGAAGCUUUUAUCUUUGAAACCCAGGACAAGCUAUACCAGCCUGAGUAUCAGGAAGUGUCCACGGAGAAAGAGCGUGAGGAGAUUGCUGGGAAACUCAGUGCUGCGUCCACCUGGCUGGAGGAUGACGGCUUUGCCGCCACAACUGCGAUGUUGAAGGACAAGCUGGCCGAGCUGAGGAAGCUGUGCCUAGGAUUGUUUUUUCGGGUGGAAGAGCGCAAGAAGUGGCCUGAACGGUUGUCUGCCCUGGACAGUCUCCUCAACCAUUCCAGCAUAUUCCUCAAGGGUGCCCGGCUUCUCCCAGAGAUGGACCAGAUCUUCACUGAGGUGGAGAUGACAACAUUAGAGAAAGUCAUCAAUGAGACCUGGGCCUGGAAGAAUGCAACCGUGGCUGAGCAAGCUAAGCUUCCUGCCACGGAGAAGCCUGUGCUGCUCUCCAAAGACAUCGAGGCUAAGAUGAUGGCACUAGACCGCGAGGUGCAGUACCUGCUCAAUAAGGCCAAGUUUGCCAAGCCUCGGCCCCGGCCCAAGGAUAAGAAUGGUACCCGGGCAGAGCCUCCCCUCAGUGCCAGUGCGAGUGACCAAGGGGAGAAGGUCAUCCCACCAGCAGGCCAAACUGAAGACGCAGAGCCCAUUUCAGAACCCGAGAAGGUAGAGACUGGGUCUGAACCAGCAGACACUGAGCCGCUGGAGUUAGGAGGGCCUGGAGCAGAACCUGAGCAGGAGCAGCAGCCAGCCGGACAGAAGCGGAAGAACGAUGAACUAUAACCUCCACCUCCCGGCUCCCACCCAGCCCACCCCUCUGGCCACCUCUAUUUAUUACCCAUGGGGUGGGGGCGGGGUGGGCCCAGCCUCGUGGCUUAAGUUCCUUGUCUCCCCUGGGAAUGUCGCUUGGGGAAGGGGCAGGUGGGGCCCACCUCCCAGGUUCUUCUGGAGCAGCCCUGUGGUUAAAACCUGAAUUUGUCUGGUCCCCGUCCCACCUGCUCCCUGGUCUUCUUCUACCCACUCGGGGAAAAUCACUCACGCGUCUUACUCCUGCAGGGGUAGGUGGAGACCUGGUAGGGGAGGGCGUCUUGGUCACAGGAGAGCACCCUUCCAUCCGUCUAUCCUUUCCCUUGUGCGCCAGGAAAUCGGUCUGUCCUUGGCCUAGGUCCGCAGAGCCUCGUCACCGGGUCUUGUUUCUGAGUGCCUCUCUCUGGUCUUUUCUCCCCCAAAAUGUUCCUUUCCUGAAGCCCGCCUCUCACCUGAUUGCUUUCUUCCUGGCGCACAUGGGAUUCCUCUUUCCCCCUUGCCCAGAGCCUUACCUGUGGGCCAGCCGGGGUCAGUGUAAAGUAUUCCCGCAGCAUGUGUGCCCUGGUGGCCAGAGCAGGCAGGGAUGGAGUCAGGGCAGCUGCUGCUGUCGGGGUAGGAAGCCCGCGUCAUCGGGCACUGAGCCCAGCGAGCCAGAGAAAGACUGAUGUGGGCUCACCUCGCACGCACUUGGUGUCCUUCCCAGGAGCUCGAUGGCUCCAGGUGGCUGUGAUGAGCUGUCCCCUUCUACUGGCCUAUCCCUCCUAGGUAGAGCCUUUCCCUUGCCCCAUGUACCCCUCAACCCUCCAGGCUGACCAAAACGUGCUUUCUACUGUGAGCCCCUAUCCCAAGACCCCUGGGGGAUGAGAGACCAUGGUAUGAAUGUAAAAAUGCCACAGUCGGGCUUCGGGGUACAGGAUCGUGCAGUGCUAGAACCGGGGACCUUCACCCACUAUGCCAGGCCCUUGGGGGCCUGUCCUCCAGUGCUGUCUGUAGUGGCAGCUGGGGCUGACUCCGGGCCGGGGACAAGGCAAACCUGGUUGUCAAGUCAUUCUGCCCCCACCCUAACCUCCGCCGCCUCCCCCUUUUUUUUGCCACAUUGGCAGUGAGGGACCCAAGUCCCAUCUGUCCGUCCGUCCCCCACCCCCCCCGUUUGAGUUCUUUCAUUAGCUAUUGAAGCUGGAUGGACAGAUUUAAAUCAGAUUGUACUUUGCUCCAUUGUUAAUUGAGAAACUGUUUGAAUAAAAUAUUCUUUUCUAUA